AUGCAGCAGAAAGAUUAUAAUAGCAAACCCACCUUCACACAAAUCCUGUUUGCCUCCUCCAUUGGCUUAAUCAUUGCAGCGGCAGUACAUUUCAGUUUUAAGAAAUUAAGGGAUUCCAAGAUCAUCCCGCGCCUUAGAAUCCAUGACAACGAAAAGGGUCGUGUAGAGAAGGUAGAGAGGUUUUCAUAUUAUGUAGCGAGACAAAUGGGAUUCAAAGAUAGGAGAGAAUGUCCUCAUCUCUGCAAGUUAGCUUCGGAAUACAUUAGAAAAUCAGAAGGGUGUGAGGAGGAUAUAUAUUCAUUCUUCUCUGAUGAACCGGAUGCAGAUUCCCUCUUCAUAAAGCUCGUUGAGGAAUUCGAAAGAUGUAUUCUUAGUUAUUUUGCAUUCCACUGGAGCCAUGCUGACCUGAUGAUUAGUCAGGUAUCUAAUUCUUAUGUUAUCUUAUUAUUUAUAUGCAGCCACUUAAUUAAUAAAAUGUUAUGUAAAAAAUUUUGGUAAUAACUUCAGGUGCUGAGCGCUGAUGCAGAGCCCAAAAAGAAGCUCAAACACAUUGUCAUGGCAGCAACUCGGGAACAGAGAUUUGAGAGAGUAACAAAGAAUCUGAAAGUGGCAAGAGUGUUCAACACAUUAGUAGAGGAAAUGAAAGCAAUGGGACUUGCAUCAACUGAUGAUUCACAU